GAUUCGCGCCCAAAAUAUGCCACUCCAGUUUUUUUGUCGGCUGAUGUGAGAAGGAAAGCUGAAGCACUUGAUAGGUACACUCUAGUUACUUUAUUGAAAUUGAGAUUUUCCUUGACUGAUUGUGAUUUCUAUGUUUGCAUCCUUAUUGCGAUAAUGACAAAACCAAAGCCAGUAACCCCUGAAUCUCCAUCACAGACUCCCCAAGGGAGUGAGCCGCAGCCACAGGGUGCUAGAAUGACAACUCCAACAACGAUGCUAAUGAGAGUGCUGCAGCUGGAGGUGAAGUACCACCAGCUGAGCCAAUGGAAACAGACAAGUCCGGAACCACACCAACUAUGUAAUUGA